AUGGCGGCCCCCGAAGCGCACCACCUCUUCCACCACCCGGUCGCCGACCACUCGUUCUCGGCCGACCGCCAGACGGUCGCCGUCGCCCGCGACAACCAAGUCGACCUGUUCGCCAGAUCCGGCGGCGGCUUCAAGCUGCAGGACGAGCUGACGGGCCACGACAAGACGGUCACGGGCGUCGACAUCGCCCCGAACAGCGGCAAGAUUGUCACGUGCUCGCAGGACCGCAACGCCUACGUCUGGGAGCCGAGCGCCCAGGGCUGGAAGCCCACACUGGUCCUGCUGCGCAUCAACCGCGCCGCCACGUGCGUCCGGUGGGCCCCGAGCGAGACCAAGUUCGCCGUCGGCAGCGGGGCGCGCCUGAUUCCCGUGUGCUACUUUGAGGAGGAGGACAACUGGUGGGUGUCCAAGCACAUCAAGAAGCCCAUCCGCAGCACCGUCACCGCCGUUGCCUGGCACCCCAACUCGGUCCUGCUGGCGGCCGGCUCGACCGACGGCCACGCCCGCGUCCUGUCCAGCUUCGUCAAGGGCGUCGACGCGCGUCCUGAGCCCAGCGCGUGGGGCGAGCGGCUCCCCUUCAACACCGUGUGCGGCGAGUUCCUGAACAACACCGCCGGCUGGGUCCACAGCGUCGCCUUCUCGCCCUCUGGAAACGCCCUCGCGUUUGCCAGCCACGACAGCACCCUCACCGUCGUCUACCCCUCGGCGCCCGAGCAGCCGCCGAGCGCCGUCAUCAGCGUCAGCACGCAGGUGCUGCCCUUCAUGUCGCUCGUCUGGAGCUCCGAGGACGAGAUCAUCGCCGCAGGAUACAACUGCGAGGCGUACCGUCUGCACGGCUCCGACGCUGGCUGGCAGCUCGCCGGCUCGCUCGAGACCAAGGGCCGCCCCGGUCUGGCCGAGGCCCGCGAGGAGAGCGCCUUCAACAUGUUCCGGCAGAUGGACCUCAAGGGCAAGAACUCGGCCGACGACACCAAGCUCAAGACGGUCCACCAGAACACCAUCACCACCAUCCGCAGCUACGAGGAGGCUGGCGGCCGCGUCACCAAGAUCAGCUCCAGCGGCGUCGACGGCCGCGUUGUCAUCUGGGAUGUGUAG